CCAGCAGGCCGCGUCAAGCUCCCAGGUUCCAGUGCGCUCCGCUCACAUUCCCCGUCCACGACACCAGCGCAUGCGAUUCCAUGCCGACCGACACGUAGUUCACGUCGCCGCUUCACAAACACCACGCCCUCUUGCCGCGAAGUCCCGACGUGGUUCCGCCCCCUCCGCCAGCUGGCCUCAAGGCUCCGAGGCACCAUGAAGCCAUGGUCGCGGAAGGCCGCGCUGCUGCUGCUGUCAACCCUGACCGCGGUGGCAGCCGUCGACGUGGUCCUGACACAAGACGAUUCGCAGAAAUGCUCGGGCAUGUACAGCAAGAAGUCCUGGGGCGGCCCGGUCGAUCCCUUCAUCGAGGUCAAAUUCAUAGACACGGACAAGAACAAGGAGCUGAAGGACCCGACCGUCAGCGUCAUAGUGUGGGAGUGGAAGGACUCGACGCUCCUGGGGAAGCAGACGGGCGACGAGCUCGUCUACAUCUGCGACGACCAAAGCAUAAAGGCCAAUCUCUGCAAUGAGACGCACAAGGCCGAGUGGAUCCUCGCCGACGACUACGAAGCAAAGUCCAAGAACCUCAUCCGCACCGAGGCGAUGCACCUCGACAAGAAGAAGCCUAUCAACUACCCCAACAAGGACAAUGCCGAGAAGGUGCCGCUCAAGACGGGCUACUACUGCGUGGCGACGCUGCCCUUCACCGAGGGUGUCAAGUACGAAGCCAUUGUGACAUUCCGCAACGCGUAUGGAGAGCUGCCCGCCGCCCAGAUACCAAAAUUGCCCUUCUACGGCGGCAUCACCAUCGCAUACUUCGUCGUCAGCAGCUUCUGGGGGUUCCUGUACUUCCAGCAUCGACAUGACAUCCUCGCCGUGCAGAACUAUAUCACGGCCAUCUUGGUGUUCCUCGUCCUGGAAAUGCUCAUGACAUGGGGCUUCUACGACUACCAGAACCGCCAUGGCAACAACCUGGGCGCCAAGGUUCUCAUGAUCGUGGUCGCCGUUUUGAACGCCUUCCGCAACUCUUUCUCGUUCUUCCUGCUCCUCAUUGUCUGCAUGGGAUAUGGUGUGGUCAAGCACACUCUCGGCAAGACCAUGGUCAUUGUACGGUGGCUGGCUGUGGCGCACUUUGUCUUUGGUGUCGUGUACGCCAUUGCGUCGCUCACAAUUCGACCAGACGACGCGGGCCCGCUCGUGUUGUUGGUGAUUCUUCCACUCUCCGCGACUCUCACGGCCUUUUACAUCUGGACACUCAACUCGCUGAACCUUACAAUGAAGGAUCUCAUGGAGCGGAAGCAGCACGUGAAAGCGGACAUGUACAAGAAGCUGUGGUGGUGCAUCCUGACGAGCAUUGUCGUCAUCUUCGGCUUCUUUUUCCUCAACAGCUUCACCUUUGCUGGCGUCUCCAGCCCCGAUUUCGCGCCCUCGCACUGGCAAACUAGGUGGUUCGUCUUGGACGGCUGGCUCAACCUGGUAUACUUUGCCGACGUAUGUUUCGUCGCCUACAUGUGGAGGCCCACAGCAAACAACAGGCGAUUUGCUAUGAGUGAUGAGAUUGCACAAGAUGACGAAGGCUUCGAAAUCGCUUCGUUGCGCGACUCGCUGGACGAAGAAGAAGGAAACGGACCAGCAGCAUACGACCCAGCGCCGAGACAUCGCAGUCCUCCACCCUUUAACCGCAAUGUCUCGCCGUUGCCCGCUCCCAAACCCCAGAAACCUGUUGUGCCGCCCAGAGAGAGUUUGGACGGCGACACGAUAUUUGCAGUGGGCGAAGACGACAAGUGGAGCGAUGAUGAGGACAUGGAGCCUGGGAGCGGCGAUGAUGAGCGGGAGAGAUUGACGACAAACACGAGGAAGAAUGAUUGAGGGCGGAGGUAGAGCAACGAAAAGAGUGUCGCGUGCAUCAAGAAGGACCUCGGGUUUAGUGUGCUUGGAAAUGCUAAGGGGUUCAGCGAAGGCGUUAGGCUAUGUACAUUGAUGAGUAUCUGUACCAUGUAGGCGCCGUAUGGAGGCAUUGUCGGCGUUUCUGAAUGACACUACUCGCUAUCACAUUUUGCUACUCCUGCUGUUCUGUCAAAAUCCGCAACCCUAGGUCCACGGGGGAGGUGGGGUCUGUUGAGGCGAGGUCCUUUUCUUCCUCUAUCCAUCGCCAAUAGCACCGAACGCCCGUGUGCCGAUUUUGACAGCUGUAACUUGCCUCUUGUUGUUCUCCCGCAGUUGUUCGAUAUGGCGCAUCUAUUCGGUACAAACCCUGCGCCUGCCUGUCUACCUGCAGCUUGCUGCAGCUGAUCUCCAGCCACAU